AUCCGAGCAGGUAUAUAAGGGGCCCGGCUAGAGCCCAGCCAGACUGUGAAUGCGACCUGCUCGAGACAACGCAUCAGGUGCGAGAAGCCCGCGGGUUCCUGCUGACUUGGCGCGGAGCAUUUUGAUAAACCUACCCUUCCCGCCGGACUCGCUGGCCCACAGGCCCCCAAGCUCCGCUCCGACGGAAUCCCAGGGCCGUUUCACCGUGGCCGCUCCAGCCCCGGGAGCGCCUUCUCCUCCCGCUACGCUGGCGCACCUUCUUCCCGCCCCGGCAAUGUACAGCCUUCUGGAGACUGAACUCAAGAACCCCGUAGGGACACCCACACAAGCGGCGGGCACCGGCGGCCCCGCAGCCCCGGGAGGCGCAGGCAAGAGUAGCGCGAACGCAGCCGGCGGGGCGAACGCAGGCGGCGGCAGCAGCGGUGGUUCGAGCGGCGGUGGCGGGGGCACAGACCAGGACCGUGUGAAGAGGCCCAUGAACGCCUUCAUGGUAUGGUCCCGCGGGCAGCGGCGCAAAAUGGCCCUGGAGAACCCCAAGAUGCACAAUUCUGAGAUCAGCAAGCGCUUGGGCGCCGACUGGAAACUACUGACCGACGCCGAGAAGCGACCAUUCAUCGACGAGGCCAAGAGACUUCGCGCCGUGCACAUGAAGGAGUAUCCGGACUACAAGUACCGACCGCGCCGCAAGACCAAGACGCUGCUCAAGAAAGAUAAGUACUCCCUGCCCAGUGGCCUGCUGCCCCCCGGUGCCGCCGCCGCCGCCGCCGCUUUUGCAGUUAGCCAAGGAGUGAAUGGGAGAAACAUAGUAUCGGGUGAGGCUAGUUGGAGAACUGCAACGCCUACGCCCCCAGUCGUGUCGCAUCUGUUUUUCUCGUGGUUUUUUGGGGGCGCUGACCGCUCCAAGCGGCGCGGCAGCUAA